AUGGGCGCCAGCGGCUCCAAAGCUCGGGGCCUCUGGCCCUUUGCCUCCGCUUCGGGGGGCGGCGGCCCUGAGGCAGCAGGCGCUGAGCAGGCUUUGGUGCGGUCUCGAGCCCGAGCGGUGCCUCCCUUCGUAUUCACGCGCCGCGGCUCCAUGUUCUACGAUGAAGAUGGGGAUCUGGCUCACGAGUUCUAUGAGGAGACGAUCGUCACCAAGAACGGGCAGAAGCGAGCCAAGCUGAGGCGGGUACAUAAGAAUCUGAUUCCUCAGGGCAUCGUGAAGCUGGAUCCCCCCCGAAUCCACGUGGAUUUCCCUGUGAUCCUCUAUGAAGUGUGAGCCUGUGGCAUGGCAGACACAAGCACCCACUGCCCCAGCAAGAAACUCCCAGGCUCAAGGUGUAGCUUCUAUUCAGGAGCCCAGGCUGGUGCCGCGCCACCUUGAAUAAACUAAGCUCCAUUGGCCCAGAACCUUCGGUUGUAAGAGGGGCAGCCCCUCAGUGUUAACUGGCAUUGGUCUAUGUCUGAACAAUAAGUGGUUGGUGGCUCGUGAGGCCUAAUGGCAGAAUGAUUAGCCCAUCUCCCACAGCCACCUCUGCAAGAAGCAUGGCGGGACACAUGCUGGUCAGAAAUGCCUGGUUCCUAGAUACUUGCCUGACCUGCUUUCUUCCAAGCUUGCCUAGGACCCGGCCUUCCUAGAAGCUACGGCACUUUAUAAGCAGAGUCUGCCUUCUUCCAGCCCCUGGGCUGCAGGGGCUGUACCCAAGUGGGAACCUCCUUUCCCUUACUUCCCUCACUCCUAGUCAGAGCAUUUCAGCCGUUUGCUACCUCGACUCCUCCUGUAUUAGACAGAGACUGGUUCUUCCUGCCUCCCUGCCACUUGUCCCCACCCUAAGAUGGACAGUUUUUGCUGCCUGUUGGAUAAGAACGGGGACCAGUGUGGAGGCUUCUCCUUUCACCCAGGGCUGGACAGAUCGCUCUUGAUCUCAACCAGUUGCUCUCCCUCAAGUUGAGAGGGUACAGGCCGGGGUCAGGACAGGCUAUGGAUGCCUGUGCCUGUGGGGACUUGCCCCAAACCACAUAUUCUGUCUCGUCUCCCUUGUCUUUGCACCAGACCCACACAUCCCCAGCUGUCGGGGAGAGGCUGUCCACCACCCAGUGGUAAGGAGCAACACACUGGGGCUGGUGACAGUAGCUACGAGGAGUCUAUCACCCCUUCUCCUACAGUGUCUUCACCCCUUCAGGGUCAGCUAAGGGAAAGUCCUGGAGCUCCUUGGUAAGGAUACAAAGGAGGGGAAAAUACAUAGAAGUAAUUAAAAUGUGAAGGUUUGUAAAUAGCCUACACUACGAUGAUGUUGGGGCAGAGUCUGAUUUCUGUAUAGAGAUGGCUUUAAGAAAAAAUACUUGUGGAAGCUCUGUGCUACUACAGGGUGGGCAAUGGCCUGGGGAGGGUGGUCCCCAGCAUAGAAAGACUGUUGUGUUAUUUGUUCAAUUUCAAUAAAAUCGUUUGUAGACCCUGCA